UCCAUUGUCACACCGAUACUACUAUCCCCAUCACUUGUGUACUAUCAGCGGAUAGCACGUUAGGCUCCCCGCGCCCCGUCCGUUCCACCUGUCCCGCCGCCGGCAUUGGAGUUCAAGACGCGGGGUCGCGUGCCGCCACGUCUGCACGUCGCUUCAUCGCUCUUGAUCGCUUCACCGCCCCCUAUCGAUCCUGUCUGAAAGCCGAUCCAGAGGUGCGCCCAACAGAGAUCUACUCCCCAUUCCUGCGUGCACGCCGGUACCCGGUAUUCGAGGUAUCAAGCACGCCGGCCCCUUAUCUGUCCUUUAACUCUUGCCUUCAGCACACCCAUCAUGUCCACGGCGGACGACGUAGCAUCGAUUGCUGCCCCUUCCGUGAUGAGCAGCAAAACUGCCGCCUCCACGGCCGGCACUUCGCCUCCCACCUCGCCCCGUUCGACGGCUGACCUAAGGGCCGACCUGAAAGCGGCGCUCGCGGCCAAGGCGGCGGCUGAGACACGUGCCUCGGUGCUGGAAGCCGAGCUGGCCCGCUUCAAGGACCAGUUCACAUUCGCGCACGCCGCGAAGGAAGCGCUGGAAGCGCAGCUGCGCGAGGAAACCGCACGCCGCGAGAAGGCCGAGGAGCAGGUGGAGAACUUGCGUGGAGCGGUCGAGGCCGCACGUCGAGGCGUCAUGCAGCUCCAGAAGCAGGAGAGCGACCGGGCCGCCCGCCGCCAGAGCGGAUUCUUUGAGGAGGAGACAACCACUGCCAAGAAGAGACAGUCACUCUAUUUGGGCAGCAGGCGGCCCGUGAGCCAGGGUGCUCCGGAAGAGAAGAAGGAGGAGAAGCCCGGCGGCUUGCGCGAGCUCCGCCUCGGCGCCGGAGCUGGGCACGCAAGAGAGAAGAGCACGAACCUCCGCGCCCCACCCCCACUCAACGUCGACAACCUCCCGCCGUCGCCUAGGAGAGCGGGCCUUUCCCCUCGAUCUCCACGCCAUUCACCCCCUUCACUCUCUCCGCCCGCCUCCGCCUCGUGGUCACCACCAAAGUCGCCAGUCAGAACCUCUGCUCCGCCACUACCUGUGUCUCCCCUGGCCAUCCCCAAGGCGGAGAGGCGCACUUCGGCCCUCUCUGUGGCCUCCACCUCCUCCGCCCUCGCUACGUCGCCCACGGUACCUCCAGUAUCCAACGAGCACAUCGAGCAGCUCAAGUCUGCACGUGUGGAGACUGCUGCGCUUCGCGCGCAUAUCGAAGCGCUCGAGAUGAAGCUCGCCGAGGCGGACGAGGCACGCGCCGCAUCAGAAGAUUGUCUGCGUGCGCUCCGCGAGUUCCUCGCGGCCGACCCCGAAGCCGGAGGUGGGAGCGUCUCCCUCCCGCCCUUACCGCACGAGAUCGACGAUGAAGAGGAGGAGCCCGCACCAAAGCAGGAGAAGAAGGGGUGGGGCUUUGGGCUGUGGCAGGGUUCUGAGGCUCCAAAGCGCCGAGGGUCAUCGUCCGCGCCGUCCAUUGCUCCGUCCACCACCAGCGUGACGAGUCCCGCCCCAACAGUUGAGGCUCUGCCGCCUGUGUUUGAGAACGAGGCCACCGUGGCAGAGGACGCCAUGGCGCUCGACAAGCCGCCCCCUCCGCCGAAGGACGAGCCGAAGAAGGAUGAGACGAAGGAGGCGAAGGAGACGAAGGGAUGGCUCGGGGGUUGGCGCACUAACUCGACCCCCGCCCCGCCUCCAGCGCCCGAGCCCUCGCCGCCCGAGCAGGGCGCUAACCUCGGCCGCUCGCUCACCUCAUUCUUCGGGCGCCGCGCUCGCGCCGCCUCCCUCGCGGCCGCCAAGGCCGAAGCGGACAAGGCAGACGCCGACGCAUACAGCAAGGAGAGGGAGGAGGACGCGCCGCUCUCGAGCGCGGUCGCGGCCGCCGCAGCCGCCGAGACGUCCGAGUUCGGGUUCAAACUGCCGCCGAGCGAGAGCGAGGGGAGCAUCCACUCGCUCGCGGCGCGCGCGGAGCGUAUCUCGGGCGACGACGACACGGCAAGCAGAGUCGCGGCGGCUAAGGCGAAGGCUGAGAUGCUUGCGGCCGAACGCGCCGAGAAGCGACGUGCUCGCGCGGCCGAGAGGCUUCCUGGCGCCAUGACGGCCGACCAGAUCCUCAAGGCUCAGGAGGAGAAGGAGGACAAGGCUAAGGCCGACGCUAAGCCUGAGAUCAAGGCGGAACCUUUGCAGACGGAGGAGAAGGCGGAGGAUGAGGAAGAGGGGCUGGCCUACCUCGCCGAGGAGCCGACGCCGGCCUCGCCCACCAAGCCCGCCCUCUCCGUCGCGACCGCCGCGGCGGCGGCCUCGGCUCUCUCCCCACCCGCCUCCUCUCCCGCUUUCGGCUUCGACGCGCGCCGCUCACCCUCGCUCGACGCGCCACGCUCGCCACACGACGCCCCGCGCUCCCCCGUGGCCCGGGCGCGUCGCAACUCACCCACAUCGUCUCCCGUUUCGCCGGCGCUCAGCCGCAGCUCCGUCCCCCCCUCGCCCAACCCCGAGGCGGACGACCAGCAAGAGGAGCUGGCGGACGAGGAGGAGAAGACGGACAGGGAGGACAAGGAGGAGAAGGCGGCACACGUGCCCAAGCGCCCGCAGCGACGGAACGCCAGUAAGCGCGGCCGUGGCGCUGCGAAGGUCGCGCGCGGGGCGGCGAGAGGCGGUUUCGUCUAGAUGUAGCUCACACGCUUAGUUAGACGCUGUCUGAUGUACGAUGCGGGUGUACGCCGUUCUCGCUUCCGCUCCCAAAUAGUUCUGACCCUUCCGCAGUGGAUGUGACUGUUAGAUGCGAGCGAUCUUGUCGCCACGUUCUUCGUCUCUCACCUCAGGCGAGACGCUGCAUCGGCGUCCCCGCCGAUCCGCGCUGGCAAACGCAGAGCACCUCCCGCUCGCCAAAAGAUUUUGAGCAGACAGGGAUUCGAACCCUGGCGCGCGUCAGCACAUCAGAAAUUCCUGUUCGGAAUAAGCGUAUACGCUUGAGUCUGACUUCUUAACCACUCGAAC